UUUUCAAUUAGCCCCUCAUGGGUGGAGUAAUGCAAUCAGGAGUGACUACUACAGAUCUCCCGAAGAGUAUCUCCUCAGUCUGAUCCAGACUCCGCACAGGCGCAAACUCCCCACACAGGAAGUCGCGAGUCAAAAUGACAGAGCGCUACGACUGCCACUACUGCAAGGAGUCCCUGUUUGGGAAGAAGUAUGUCCUGCGAGAGGAGAAUCCUUACUGUGUGAAAUGUUACGAAAGCCUGUACUCCAACACCUGCGAGGACUGCAAGAAGCCCAUUGGCUGCAAUACCAGAGACUUGUCUUACAAAGACCGCCACUGGCAUGAGGACUGCUUUAAGUGCUUCCAGUGUAAGCGCUCGCUGGUGGACAAGCCGUUCUCCACCAAGGAUGAGCAGCUCCUGUGCACCGAGUGCUACUCCAACGAAUACUCCUCCAAGUGUCACGAGUGCAAGAAAACCAUCAUGCCAGGCUCCAGGAAGAUGGAGCACAAGGGCAACAGCUGGCACGAGACAUGCUUCACCUGCCAAAGAUGCCAGCAGCCCAUUGGCACUAAGAGUUUCAUCCCCAAGGACAACCACAACUUUUGUGUGCCCUGCUACGAGAAGCAGUUUGCCAUGCAGUGUGUGCACUGCAAGAAGCCCAUCACGACUGGCGGGGUGACCUACCGUGACCAGCCUUGGCACAAAGAUUGCUUCCUGUGCACCAGCUGCAAACAGCAGCUGUCUGGCCAGAGGUUUACCUCCAGAGAUGACUUUGCCUACUGCCUCAACUGCUUCUGCAACCUCUACGCCAAGAAGUGUGCCUCCUGCACCACACCCAUUAGCGGCCUGGGAGGAAGCAAGUACAUUUCCUUUGAGGAGCGCCAGUGGCACAAUGACUGCUUCAACUGUAAGAAGUGCUCCGUGUCCUUGGUCGGCCGCGGCUUCCUCACCGAGCGCGAUGACAUCCUUUGCCCGGAGUGUGGCAAAGACAUCUGAAGCAGAUUAAAGCCAAUUAAAACAUCUGAUUGCCAUGCCAGCCAUGCUCGAGCACAUACUGUGGUGUCUUUUACUCCCUUCUAAGCAGUGAUUGUACAUUGUUGUACACCAUAGCUACCAUUUUUGACUUUGGAAUGUUGACUACAGUACUUGCAUGAAUGUAGAGGACAUGUUUGCAGAUUUAAAAUAUUGUUACUCAAUCUAUAUAUACAGUAUGCAUCUUUAACUCGACUAAUUCCUGUGUUGUGCAUGGGUUAGCUUCUGUGGAACUCUGAUGUAAACUGUAGAUGUGCAUGAAAUCAACUUUUAUGGACUGCGGAAUUAUUCAACCAUAAAUAAAAGACUUACA